GUUCUCUCUUUGUGAUGUCAAGACAAACAAGAAGCACAGUGGAAGCUGUUACAUCGGCUCUGCUUUGUUCCUUCUUUUGGUCUCUUGGCAUGCAGGGCAAACCCUUGACCCUAGAUCAAGACACAAGCAUGGGCCAUGCCUAUGCCAUUGCCAAUGCAUUCAUAAUCAGAAAAGAAAAUAAAGCAGAAAACAUUUGUCAACCAACAAGAUACAAAGCUGCCAUGUUGCAAUUGAUUUCAGCAUCUCUAAAAUCUUAUAUUUCAUUAGAGAACUGAAAGGAGAGAGUGGGGGGAAUCUGCCUCCCUAGUGCAAAAGAGCCUUGUCUACUAGUACAAUCACUUCAAAGAUGACCAAGUCCUACUUGAUAGCUAUCCUUAUUUCACAUGGCAUUAUUUAAAUUGACAGCUUGCUAUGGGGCAGGCAGGGGUAGCUAUCAUCCUCUCACCAACCUAACUUUCGUCACCUUAUCACCAAGCCUGUCCAUGAAGAAGAAAAUGGGUUGGGUGGCUUGCUCAGCCCAUUUUUGCUACUAGUUUCUCUCGGGAUUUCACACCCAAAACUUUUACCUCCAUCCUGUUGGGUUAUAGAAUACAAAUCAUGUCAGGUGAAUUCAGCUAGAGCAGCAGCAUAGAGGGAGGAUGGUGCUGGACCACAAGACCACCAACUAAAAUUCUGUCAUGAAAGUCAUUAGGGUAAAGUAAGCAUUAUUCUCGACUAAUUUCCUCUUAAUAACCUGAGUGAAACCUGGCAGUGGCAGGCAUAGUCUACAUUUGACAAGUUAAACAAGUCCAGCAUGCUUUAGCUUUAAAGAGGCCCACCUUUGCUUUUGCUGCUGUAUUAUUGAAUGCUCAACCGUGGGAAACCUAGAUGCGAAAUUACAAUGGCUACUUUAGACAUUAGGUAAUGCUCCCAAAAUAAAAACAAGUAAAAGAGUAGCCAUUUCUUUACUCAUUUCUAUAAAAGAAACAAGAGAAAGGAAGUGUAUAGAGAGGUGGACGAAGCAAAACAUCAGUGCCAGCCGUAUGAACAAAAAUGCCCAUUAAAAAUACACACACAAAAAAAAGAAAGAAAAAACAACCGGGGAUUUAGGUAGAGAAUAAAUGUAACGUUGUUGCUAAACCAUUCUCUUUUUCUGUAACAAAGCCAAACUCCGUAGCAUUUUAGCCUUCAAAGACAUAAUCACAUCAUGUUGAUUCUCUUUCUCUCUCUCUCUCUGUCUCUCUGUCUCUGUCUCUCUUACUCUCACUGUCACAGUGAGUCCCCUUUGCCUCUUUCGCUUAUUUUUUUUUUCUCACUGCUUUUUCCUCCCUUUUCUUGUCUCUUUCUUUCCCUUCUCUCCUCCUCUUCACACUCACUCUACUCUAUACGCAUUACUCUCUCACCCUCUCCUUUUUUUGGUUUUUGAAAACUAGAAGGAAAAAAAAAAAACAAAAACACCCAUUGAAAAAGCAUACUGUUUUUCUAUUGCUCACAGUGUGUCCAUUCACUUUUCUGCUAAAGACCCAGAUUCCUACUAGGGUUUGGGUUUCUUCUUAAUGUUGUAAAGCGUGAAUCUCUUUUCAUAUCUAAGGGCUCUUUGUUGGUUUUUCAUUUUUCUUGUUGAAACUUGAAAGUCGCAAUGGUUAAAAAUGUGCUGGUUUUGGGUGUUGCACUUUUACUUCUGCUCCUUCUUGGAGGUGUCUCUUCAGCUCCUACUACUUCUUCACCUGCAAAGAUCGUUAGUGGAUUUUUCUCUAAUGCUUUGUCUGCUUUUAUGAAAUGGUUAUGGUCACUCAAAACUACCACCAAAACAGCAAUUACUGGCCGUCCAAUGAUGAAGUUUGAGGGUGGAUACAAUGUGGAGACUGUGUUUGAUGGAAGUAAGCUUGGGAUUGAGCCUCACACUGUUGAGGUUUUGCCUAGUGGUGAGCUGCUGAUUUUGGACUCUGCUAAUAGCAACCUUUAUCGGAUUUCUGCUUCCUUAUCUCUAUAUAGUAGACCUAGGCUCAUUGCUGGAUCCCCUGAAGGAUACCCUGGACAUGUAGAUGGGAAGCCCAGAGAGGCAAGGAUGAACCAUCCAAAAGGCCUAGCCAUAGAUGACAGAGGGAACAUUUAUAUUGCAGACACUAUGAACAUGGCAAUCAGGAAGAUAAGUGAUGCAGGUGUUACAACAAUUGCUGGUGGGAAAUGGAGCCGGGGAGGGGGACAUGUAGAUGGACCAAGUGAAGAUGCAAAGUUUUCUAAUGAUUUUGAUGUGGUCUAUGUUGGAAGCAGUUGCUCCCUUCUCGUGAUAGAUAGAGGAAAUCAAGCUAUCAGAGAGAUUCAACUCCAUUUUGAUGACUGUGCUUAUCAGUAUGGAAGUGGUUUUCCUCUUGGAGUUGCAGUACUUGUCGCAGCUGGCUUCUUUGGUUACAUGCUAGCUUUGCUGCAACGUAGAGUGGGCACCAUUGUAUCUUCCCAGAAUGAUCAGGAAUCAGUAAAAGUGAAUGCUGCUGUAUCGAGUCCAUAUCAGAAACCCCUGAAAUCAGUCAGGCCACCUUUAAUCCCAACUGAAGAUGAACCAGAGAAGCAAGAAGAAGGCUUCUUUGGAUCCCUUGGGAGGCUUUUUGCCAAUGCUGGUGUUUCUGCUUUAGAAAUUUUGGGAGGAGUAUUUCCUGGUCUUAGAAAGAAGCCACUAAGCUAUCAAUAUCAGAGCCAGCACCAGCAACAACAGAAACACCCAAUGUCCUGGCCUGCACAAGAGAGCUUUGUGAUACCAGAUGAAGAUGAGCCCCCUUCAAUUGAUACACGAACCCCCACUCCACAGAAAAUGUACCCCUUCAUGUCCAAGGAUGCAGAAAAGAUCCAUCAGUUGCGUCAAAGCCGGGCCUUCUACAGUGGAUGGGAUACCGAUAUGCAGCAGCAGCAGCAUCAUCAUCAUCAUCGCUAUCGGUCAUCCACCCCGCAUACUUACUAUGAGCAGAGCAAUGAGAAAACCAAAGAGAUUGUUUUUGGGGCAGUUCAAGAACAAGAAGGAAAGUGUGAAGCUGUGGCCAUAAAGCCUGUUGAUUAUGGAGACCAAACGUAUGAUCAUCACAACAUUCGUUUCCGAUCAAACAUGGUUUACAAUGGGGGUUAUUAAUCACAAGCAACAGAGAUUUUGGAGUAA